AAAAAAUCAUUUUUUGAAUCUAAAAUAUUUUUAUCGACUAUCCUAAAAGCAAAUAAUGCAGAAGUCAUGCAGUUGAAUUAAUUUUUUUCUCAUACUAAAUGCCAUUGAUAAGAAACAAAGCCGUAAAAUGUUUCAGAAGUAUAUAAGCUCGACAGAAUGAUUUUUUUAACAAGUUAAACCUCAAACAACCAACCACGAGAAUCAUAACGAUGGAUAAAAAAGUUUUGUUACUUUUAAUAACUUUCAUUACAGCCACAUGUGCCGAACCAUUUAUAUUUGAUAUCCUUUAUGAGCUAUUUGAUUCAUCAGAAGAGUACAGUUGGGAUAACAAAAAUAUUUCUAUUCAAUGCAAAAAUUGUUCAAUUUCUGUAAAUGGUCAGCAAGUGGGAAAUGAAAUGACAACUAUGAAUGGAAUGGCAGGCAUGAAUGGGACGAAUGGAAUGGCAAGUACAGAUGUCAUGUCAACGACACCAAAUGCGAAUUGACAAAAUAGAAAUGGGCGAUAAUUAACUACUUUUCAAAUAAAACCUUGUUCGUUUUAAAAAUCAUUUAAGUCUUCAACUGUUAAUGUACCCC